GUGCAUGUACUGCAUCUUGUCCUUGUAACUACAUGUACUGGUAACAACUCAGACACGUUUCCUUCCUCAUAAUAGAUAUUGACAUACUCAAGAGUACCGUUUAUAUGUUAGAUUGGAGAGAUUAACUGAGAGUGAUUGAAAACAAAAUGGAGGAUGAAUCAGACGACUCGUCAGACGAUGAAGUUCAGUAUUCGGAGAUGUUACAGCCUCCUCUGAUAAAUCAGCUGAAGAAAAUCUUAGAUGAAUAUCCAGACGAUGGACAGAUUUUAAAGGAAAUAAUCCAGAAUGCUGAAGAUGCCGAGGCCUCAUUAAUGAAAGUUUUGUAUGACGACCGAAAAAUUAACCAAGAUAUAUCAAGCACUAAGAAACAACGAUUCAAGAAGUAUUUCAAGGGUCCUGCGCUGUGCAUUUAUAACAAUGCAACUUUCACAGAAAGCGAUUGGCAGGGAAUACGAAUGAUCAAUAGUAGCGUGAAGGAGUUCGAUCCAGUUAAAGUUGGACGAUUCGGUCUAGGAUUUAAAUCUGUAUUUCAUAUAACAGAUUACCCACUAAUUAUCAGUGGAAAAAAGUUACUGAUUUUAGAUCCACACCAAGAAAGUCCUGGUCGUGUUUGCAUGACAAUGAAAUUAAAAAAAUUGAGAAAAUCCAAGAGAAUGGAUGUAACUGAUUGCCUUGCAGCAUUUGAAGGUAUGUUUGGAUUUUCCACAGAGACCAUAGCAAAGGGGAGUUUCCAAGGCACAUUGUUUAGGUUCCCAUUGAGAGAAGAGAAAACGGAACUUUCAGAAAACAUCUAUGAUGAGAUAAAAGUGAUGGACUUAUUUGAAGCAUUUAAAGCUGAAGCUCCAGUCGAACUGUUGUUUCUUAAGUGUUUAGAAAGAAUCGACCUGUUUUGGGGAUUUACAGACGAGAUUUACAGACGAGACCAAGACUACACUAAUUCUCCAGUCUACAGUGUUAACAUUUCGGAAUCGUGUGUUCAAAACGUGAGAGAAGGACGAAAUCAUGUCAUGAACCAGCUAGAAACCUAUGGUAAAAAGCUAGCAAACGAAACAUUUCGCCUAAACUACAGAAUGACGAUUGAAACGAUUGAUGACGGCAAUAUCCAUACAGACGAAUGGAUAAUUUUUCAUUCUAUGCAAGGUGGCAAUAUGUCUGAAGAGUUGAGAAACCUUUCUCUAGACGAAUCAUUGUCUUAUAGUCCAUAUACUAGUAUUGCAAUUCCUAUGGAAGAGGACCAGUUCAGAGGUCACGUGUUUUGUUUAAUGCCAUUGCCGUUAACAGAGAAUAGUUUGACAGGACUUCCGGUGCACGUGAAUGGUUACUUUGCUCUUAGUCAGAAUAGACGACAUGUUAAAUGGCCUACUGCAGAUCAGAUGAGACAAGGAACUUACAAGGACAAGUCAUUGAGAUGGAAUAACUGUCUGAUAACGGAAGUCCUCGCGGAACUGUACUACAACGUUAUAGUAGAGUUGAUCAAGCACACCAUGACGUCAGAUUCGGUUGCAAUAGUUACAAGAACUAUACCCGAUUAUCGAGAGAUCACAGAACACUGGAAGAAUAUUUUAGAGCCAUUGUUUGAUUCACUCUUUAAAAGCAAGUUUUUGUUCACAGAAAACAAUGGAGGGUGUUGGAUUUGUAUCGGAGAAGCUGUAUUCGAUGAUUUUGAAGCAGACACUUCCACAGAUAUAAGAAGAACUGUUCUAGAUUUUCUGUUGCUAAACAACGAAAACAUAGUUCACAGCGAGGAGAAAAUUGUAGCUGCCAUUAAACAAAAGGGAAUAGAGAUUGUGACUAUAACAGGGAGAUUGGUUGCCGGAGCAGCUAUAAUGAACCCAUCAUACCUAAACAGGUUGCCAGAAUUAGACAAAAUGAACAUUUUACAGUUUUUGCUUUCCUGUGAAGACCAGGGCGUUCUACAAGGUGUUCCGUUACUUCCUCUUCACAAUGGAUGUUUUACUAAAUUUGACCAUAACUUCAACGACAUAGUGUAUGUGAGUCAGGAUGCUACUGAGUUGUUUCCUGGACUCGAAGAUAAAUUCAUCAAACAAGAUCUGGAAAAGGAAAUAUAUGAAAAUCUUCUAAAUAUUUGCACAAAAGGUCUAUUUCAGUUGCACGAGUUCUCAAGGUCAACAGACAAAGAAAUAGCUGGUCUACUAGGAACAACCAUACAGAAAAACAUUGAAAUAACAAUACGAGAAAGACUGGUAUGGAAAACCACCAACAUAAGAACAAACGAAACAUGGCUGAAAAAAGUUUGGAAGUUCCUGAAGGAUCGAAAGUUUGACUUCGUUUUUUUUAAAGAUCUAUUUAUAGUGCCAAUCAUGAGUGGUGAUACCUUGAUGCUAGAUGAUACACAAGAAGCGAUACUAUGUAAGUUAUCGAAGCAGUUUAUCAUCAAGUCAUCUAAGGACUUUACAGAGCUACCAGAUGGUGUAUGUAGAUGUCUCAGUUUGUUGGAUAUUGUUAUACUUCCAGCGCUGUGGGGAGAAAUCUCAGAACAUCCAGCUAUCGACCAAUACGUCUUCAAACCGACAGUCGAUAAUGUAUGCCGUCUUUUAGAGACCGUUAGUUUGAGCAGUUGUCGGGAUGAACUUAUUAACACGUUUAAUCAGGAAUGCACAACAGCUGAUAGAGAUGAUUUUGUAUCAUUUAUGUCUGUUAUUGAAUCGAUACCUUGCAGAGUGCCGGAAAUACUUUCGUCACUGGAACUAUUUACGGAGCGACACACAUGCCGUUUUGUUUCAAGAAACGACCUGGCGCUAAUAGUUCACACAGAAGAUCUACCAGUACAAUACUUUGUUGAAAAUAUCGAUGCAAGUAACAAUUCACAUUAUAAUCUAGCUGUUGCAUUAGAGAUGGACGAAAUUGAUUUCAGCAGUGCAGUGAUGAGUAUUUUAAAGUAUUUAGAAAACGACAUCGGUUGUUAUUCAGAAAUUGAUCAAAGGAAUGUUCUCCAUUAUGCCCUUACGCAAUUGAAACGGUUUCCAAAUAAACAACAUGUAUCAAUUUUGAAAGUGUGUAAACAUAUUCGGUUUGUAUAUGACCAUGAGGGGAGGCGAAAAUGUGCAAGUGAAUAUUUUGAUCCAGAAGACGAAGGUUUAAAACUUAUACUCGUCGAAGCAGACUUUCCAGAUCUGAGGAAGACAAAUAUUGAUUUGAAAUAUUUAAGAAAAUUAGGACUCAAAUCCGCCAAUGACUUAACAGAGAACCAUAUUAGCAGAUGCACCAAAGAAAUACAUUAUAAAUGCACAAAUGGUAGAUGUAAUGACACCGACUUUGCAAGGUCAUCGAAAAUAAUGGAGCUUUUGUCAUCUCGUCCAGAGCUUUUGACUGAUGGCAUCUGUGACUAUCAUUUUGUUGAGCCAGUUAAAAAACCGUGCUUAUUCCCAUCCGAAUUAAAGUGGUUUGAUCCACAGUUUGUAUUUUGUAAACCAAAUGAUUUGUUGGAUGAAAAAUAUCAGAAACUAGUGGGAUGUGUAUUACCGUUGGUUAGCAGUUCUGCAUGUGUGAGUUUAUCUAUAAAAUGUUUAUGGAACAAAACACCAGAUGUGAAAAAUGUCAUUGUACAAUUACUGACAAUAGUUGAUAGCUAUGAAGAUAUAAACAAACCGCAAUUGUUGCCAUUAAUAAGCGACAUUUUUCACUUCCUAGUAGAUAAUUACGGCAGUUAUCCAAAAGAGGCGCUUGAUGAAUUCAAAGAUAAAGAAUGGAUAUGGGUAGGUUCAAAGUUUGUCCGAUCAAAGGAGAUUUAUUUUUCAAAAAAUGAGCAUUCAGUCAUCAAUUUUGAACCAUACUUGUAUACCUUACCAGGAGAAUUUCAACAUCAGAAAUUCAAAACAUUUUUUACAAAAACAAAAUUCUGCCAGUCUGAUAAUCCAUCAGAUUUAUGUGUCGAAGUACUUAGAUUGAUAAAGAAAAAACACGAUACUAAUGAAGUAAACGAAAAAGAUACCAAAGAGGACUUACAACUAGUCGUUAAGAUCCUAAAUGUAUUGAAAGAAGGAGACGAAAUAGACCAAGAUGUUAUCUUAUUUCCAGUACACACAGAAAAAGCAAAUAAACUGGUUUUGCAGCCUGCAUCGAAAUGCAAUUACUGCAACGAAGAUUGGUUAAAAGAUUCUGCUGAUGACGACGGAGACGAUAUUUAUUAUGUACAUCAUGAUAUACCAAUGGACACAGCAGCUAAACUUGGCGUGCCGUCACUUACUGACAGACUCUUACAGAAUACAGAAGGGUUAGAAGAAUGGGGACAACACGAACAACUAACAACAAGACUCAAAACUCUGUUAAAAGAAUACAAAGAUGGGUUUUCAGUAUUUAAGGAACUUAUACAAAACGCAGAUGAUGCUGGUGCAACCAAGGUUUGUUUCUUAUAUGACGAACGUCAAAACAAAAACGCUCGCAAACGGCUGAUAGAUAAAGGAAUGGCAGAAUGCCAGGGUCCAGCAUUAUGGUCUUUUAACGAUGCACAAUUUUCCAAUGAUGACCUCGAAAACAUUACAAAAUUGAAUGGUGCAACAAAAGAACUAGAUACUGCUAAAAUCGGGAGAUUUGGUUUAGGGUUUUGUUCAGUUUACAAUCUAACUGAUGUACCAAGUUUUAUAAGUGGAAACAAUAUUGUUAUAUUCGAUCCUCAUACAAAACAUCUAGGACUAGCUCUAAUGAAGAAAAAACAGCCUGGAAUAAAAAUCAACAUGUCAAAUAACAGACAUAUGUUACAAACCAUUCGUACCCAGUUUUUACCAUUUGAAGGAGUUUUUGACUGCAAUCUCACAAUUAAACACGGCAGAGAACUGACAUACGAUGGAACUUUAUUUCGGUUUCCGUUGAGAACUAAAUCGCAGGGUGACCAAAGUGAAAUCAGUCACAUGGUUUAUGAUAGACACGAGAUGAUGCGACUUUUGAAUAUGUUUGUCGAAUCCGGAGGUAAUCUUCUCCUCUUCACACAAAAUGUGAUGUCUGUUGAACUAUAUUAUCUUCAAGAUGACGGAAGAAGUCCUAAAGAAUCUAAACUAGUGCUAAGAUUUGAUCGAAAUUUAAAACAAUCAAUAGAUAAACCUUUAGAAAUCAUUGAUGAAAACAGUAUCACAACUGUAUUGAAAGCCUUUUCAAAAUUAAAACUUCAAAAACAGUUGAAGCAAAAACUAUCUGUUCCCUCAUUAUUAAGUGCAAUAUUUGAUAUAUCCGUUUUCUCCCGUGCUGAAGACGACAUUGGAUUCAAGGGAUAUAGUUAUAAUACUAAAUGGAUGAUAACCUGGGAAAGAGGAACAACUACCAGUUGGGAUAUGACAAUGGAUAAUAGUUUGAAAGGAGUGUUAGCGAUUGCAAGUAUAGCAUGUCCAGUUAAAGAGUUGAACGGUGAAAUACAUACAAUAAAUUUGAAUGCACUUCCGGUUGGAUUUUACAAAACUAGUCAUGUUUUCUGUUUUCUUCCGUUACCAAUAGAGACAAACUUACCAGUGCAUAUAAACGGGUUCUUUGCUGUUACUGGAGACCGCCAGCGUCUUUGUUCUGACUCAACUGACGACAAAUCAUCUUCAUUUGAAAAUAGCUGGAAUAAAGAAUUGAUGAAAGAUGCUGUCUGCAAUGCCUAUGUAAAAUUCCUCGAAGAUCUUCAAAAUACAAGUAUUACCACAAACGAGAAAUACUUUGAACGUUGGCCACAACAUACAAUAGCAAGGAAUUCAAAAAAUAGCUUGAUUGAAAUGCUUCAAAUUGCUGUAUACAGGAGUAUAUGCGAAAAGAAUUCUAAAGUAUUCAGAACAGAGCAUACACGUGUUUCUCUUGAGAGUUGUAUAUUCUUGCAUCCGGAUAUCACCGAAUCAGACUUCGGAAAGACAGCUAUUGAUGCAAGUUAUAAGUUUAAAUGGUAUGAUCAAAUUCUGAUUGAGCUACCAAGGAAUAUUUUAAGCUGCUUUGAAGAGGCUGGUUGCUCUGAGUAUAUCAAAAGUAAAAUAGUUGAUGUCUUUCAAUUCUACAAAACAGUUAUACUGCCUAAUUAUGCAGAUAAUAUCUGGAAUGAUCAAAGGGACGAAGUUAUCAUAUUUGCUUUACAAAGGAAUGACCAGAAUUUAAUAACCUUAUUGCAAGAAUAUCCAUGUAUUCCAACGGAACCAAACGGGAAACUAAAAUGCCCAGGCGAAAUAGUUGACAGGAGAGGAAACGUGAGCAAUCUUUUUGACUCUGACGAGGAAUGUUUUAUUCUGAAAACAUCUCAAUUGAAUAACCUUUUGAAUCAAUUAGAAGACCUCCAAAUAAUCAAAGAUACACUGUCUCCAGAAAUGGUGAUAGAUAGAGCUAAUUCCGUCACAAUUAAGUCGUGCAUUUGUACAGUAUGUGCUGUUGAUAGAUGUUCUUACCUGAUACAGUAUCUGACAAGACAAAGAUGUAGUAACUUGCUUUUAUCUCAAUUAAGAUCAGUGAGAUUUUUACCUGUUAUGGGACGACCUGAACAAUGGGUUUUUUCCUGGGAUGGUGAUAGCAGUCGUCACCUAGAAGUGGAACACACAUCAAUAAACCGUGAUUGCAACCAUGAGGAUUUAGAAAUAUGCUUCCAACUUCCUGAAAAUCUUUGUUUUGAAGAUUGUUUUUGUCUAGUUGGUACCAUACGCAAAGUCUUGAUGAAAACUAUUAGCGACCUGAAUCCUAGGUUGAUGGAUAAUCUCGGUGUCAAAUCCCGAAAACAAUUGGAACUGAAGUCUGUUAUGGAUAAUCUGCACCUCAUAAUUAAAGAAAGCCAGGACAUUACCAUUGCUGAGAGUAUUGCUGAUCAAUUGAAUACCAUUACCACAGAUAUUUACGCAUAUCUCAAUGACUUACUAAAGCGUGGAAUGACACAUCACUCAAAACAGUUGCAAUUAUUUAAAGAACUUCGAAUAUCUCCUUGCAUCUAUGUUGAAGAUUCUUUUCAAUACCCUUCACAGGUUUUUGUUGAAUUAUCAGCAGACUGUCGCCCUCAUUUAUACAGCCUUCAACAUGCACCGAAUCUGAGGAAAUUAAAUGAUUUACUACACUCACUAGGAAUAAAGAAACAUGCGGACACGGAGACAGUUAUGAAAAUACUUGCGCAUUUUCGGAAUAAGUACAAAACUACACCACUUCCAAAUGCAGACCUUGGACAGUAUGUGUGUAUAUUGAACCAACUAGAGGAAGCUAUGCAGCGCGAAAAAAAGGACAACACGGCAUUUUCAGGAAUAUUUGCCCCAGAUGAAAACGGAGUUUUAACUUCAACAAAAUUGUUAUGUGUCGAGGAAACAGGUGUCAAAACAAGAAAAUCGAUGAGGUUUUCACACAACACUAUAUCCGCUGCCUUGGCAUCAUCAAUAGGAAUUAUAUCAAUGAGAAAGAAAAAAAUAAAGAUUUGUUCACGGUCAUUGUCAUUUGGUCAGAGAGAAGAGUUGACUACUAGAAUAAAAGGUAUAUUGGAUGGAUAUCCUUUUGACUCUGGGUUUCUGAAAGAAUUAAUACAAAAUGCGGAUGAUGCCAAAGCUUCCGAAGUACAUAUUGUUGUUGAUUUUCACCAUCACCCAUCUGACAAAGUAUUCGAUGACUCUUGGAAACCAUUGCAAGGACCUUCUUUGCUUAUCUAUAAUGAUAGUUCUUUCUCAGAGGAAGAUUUGGAAGGGAUACAAAAUUUAGGCAAAGGUAGUAAGCGAAACGACCCUACAAAAACAGGACAGUACGGUGUCGGUUUUAACGUUGUGUAUCAUCUUACAGAUGUUCCAUCUUUCCUAACUAAGGGUCCUGAUGUAAAAUCUGGACAGGUUUUGUGUGUUCUAGACCCAAACUGUCAGUAUGUACCAGAGGCAACGCAAUCAGCUCCGGGUAUCGAAUAUUUUGAUCUUGGAGAACUUUGGGAUGACUACUCUGAUGUGUUUGAUUGUUACCACUCUAAUCUUCUACUAAAAGAAAAGGGUACAAUAUUCAGACUUCCUUUACGGACAUCAUUAUUUGCAAAGAGAUCAAAGAUAACAAGAAAAGAAACCGAUGAAAUGUUGGUCAGAUCCCUUUUACGUAGCUUUAUGAAUGAGCUUAAUGAAAUACUUUUGUUUUUAAAUCACGUCGAACGAAUAAAGGUUUCUGAAAUUGAAAAAGGUUCAUUAAAAGAAAUUUACUGGGUUGAAGGUAUAAAUUCACACAAAUCAGAUCAUCAACAAUUUAAUUUGAGAGUAAGUGAAAGUGCCAAAAUCCUGAGGAACUCUCGUUCAGUCCAAGAAAUACCAAAAUCUGAAAUUCAGUACAGCAUGACAGUUAAAGACAGCAAUAAAACUACCAAAACAUUUUUGAUUGUCAGACAGUUAGGAUUGCGAGAAAAUCUCAAAAUCACAGAUAUUGUAAGAGCUAUAAAAAAUGAAGACCUCAAUCUGCUACCGCGAGGUGGAGUGGCAUUUCAAAUUGAUAAUAAAGAACAAUUAGUGAAAUUAGAGGGUAAAACGUUUUGUUUUCUGCCUCUUCCUAAUAAAACGGGACUUCCUGUUCAUUUUAAUGGACACUUUGUGCUGGAUCACGAGACUCGUCGUAAUCUGUGGAAUGAGCCUAAUGACUGUUACAAACUUAACUGGAAUUUGCUGAUAUUAAAUCAAAUUGUUGCUCAUUGCUAUGUAUCUGGUUUAUCAAAACUGAUCACACUAUUAAAUUUGUCUGAUCCAACACAGACACAAGACGAAAUCGCUAACAAGCUGACAAUUUUCCACAGCGUUUUCCCUAAUAUUGCUACCGCUAAAUGCGACUAUGUGAAAUACCUGGUCAAAUGUGUGUAUCAACAAAUAUUUGAAGAAAACGUGAACUUAUUUGCAAUGUGGAAACCAGUAAGAACAACGUCAACUUUGAUAGAAUUUGUACCCCCAAGGGGAUACAACGAUGCUUACCAGGCAGUAUGGAAUUGUUUGCUACCAGAAUUCGAAUCUGUUUUUCCAAAAUACAUAAGUAAAUUGAUUAGUAAAGUGGAUAGGAAUACUGAAAUGAAAAAACUCAGUAAUACUUGCAAAUGUCUUGGUGUUCGACUUGUUGAUACUCCAUCAUUUGUGUAUACAAGUAUGCUGACAGCGGGUUUGAAUGUAAAAGAAAUUACACCUUCAUUUUUGAUUAUGUUUCUGAAAACUGUUGAUGUUUUAGGAGGAAAGAGAGAAUGCCGAGUUGAUAAUACAAAUUACAAUACCACUGACAAUUUGAAAAUUUGCCUUAAAUACUGUUUGAAAUGCAAGGAAUUUAAUGAUGAAAUCUUGGGGUUGCCACUAUGUUUGAGGCAAGACGAUAUUAUUCAAAGAUUUGAUGAAGAGCAUGCUAUUUACUGCACGCACUAUUACGACUUAUUUCCGGAAUCAGCAUCAAUGUUUCUUCAUGAGAUUUUAAUCAAUAGUUUCCCAAGUAUUAUUAGAGGCAUCAAACAUUUCAGUCUAGAUGAUUUAACUGAUUUGAUGCCAUACACGUUGUCCAUCGAAAAUUACAGAACUUUAAAUCGUAUUGUAGAAUGGAAUCCUAACUCAAAAACGUUCCCUAACCGGCAUUGGAUAGAAAGAUUUUGGAAUUUCAUUGACGAAGAAAUAAUGCAACUGAAAUGUAAAACAAGUAGUUUAGACAAACUCAUGCCGUGGUGUCUAUUGCCCUGUAAGAUUAAACAAUCAGUGGAGAGCAGGUAUAUGAGUGAAAAGAACAGAGGUAACAGAAAAGGUUCACUUGCUAUUGAAACAAGAUAUGAACACUUCCUUUACCCAACAGGUUUAUUUCAACAUGUGUUGAAUAUACAUGAUACAGAUGCGAUUAGAAAGAAUCUUGCAGACGUGGUCGAGGAAAUUCUUCGCCUUCCUACAUUAGACAUCGUAAACAAGUUUUUAUAUACCAGAGUACCAAAUUUUCGGAAAGCAAAAGCAGUUUCACAAUGCUUAUAUUUACACAAAGAUACCAUCCAAAAUAGACUGUCUUAUGUUUCGCCAGGUGAUGCGGAUGCUGUUCUUGAGUAUAUUUCAGAUUGUCUCUUUGAGCGGACGCCAGUAGACGAUGAAGUGAUCCUUUGGAUAAGGUCACUUCCGCUACAUGUUACAGUUACAGGACAUCUUGUAUCGCUUGUCGAUGGAAUAAGAAUACUUGUUUUACCCGAUGGAAUGCCGACGGGUGGCAUAGCGCUUUGGGCACAUCUGUCAAGAACCAUUCUUUUGAGAAAAAAUAGAAAUUUAGAAGGGAUGCACAUUUCACUCCAAUGUUCACCAAGAGAAAUAUGUGAUACCUACACACGUUUUGUGUUAAGGUCUUUUGAUAACCUACCACGAAAAUUUCAUAUAGAACAUUUAGAGUAUCUUCGAGAUAAUCUUUUAGCAAUGCCAUUCUCUAGAAAAAUGCACCCAGAACAAAGACAGUUAAUACAAACGCUAGCAGAUGUUGCGUUUGUCCCAGAUAUUCAAGACAAUUUACAGCUGUCAUCUUAUUUCUGUAGCCCAUUUAAUCAUGUAAUGAGAGAAAUGUGUGAUGCUUUGAGAUUUCCCUGCAAAGAAUUUUGGAAGAAGGAAUGGCAAAAACUUCUAGAAUGGACGGGAAUCGAAAAAGAAAUUUCAGCGCACAUGGUAAUUGAAUUUACGAAAACAAUUGCAGAGACAGGAAAAUUUAAAGUUACUCAAGAUAUUAUUCAAAAAUCGAAUAUUGUUGUCGACCAUAUUUUAUCCAGAUCAGACAUUACUGAUAGUCUUCUUGGACAGAUAUCAAACACCAUGUUUAUUGUACCACAUGAAAUUCCUGCACCACUGCAAAAUAUUUUUAAGUCAUACAAGCCCAAUAAAUUGAUAUGUUUGUCCGGAUCUGUUAUGUACGAUCAUACUGAUCUUUGUUGGAGUACAUGUACUAUUCUGCCAAAAACAUUUUCUACCUUUUGGAAAUAUAGAAAUGAUUUACGAGUGACUCUUGGCCUUUUAAGACCAGAAAAUAAAAAAGUGAUCCAGCAUAUACAAAAUGUUGUCGAUGAUUUACAUACAAAGGGGAAUGGGGAAGACAUACCAACUAAAGACUUGAAUUCCAUAGAAGACGUAAUUGAUGUAUUUUACAGAUGGAUGAAAGAAAAUGUUAGCCGAGACCAAGAAAUUGUUCGAUGUUUGAGAUACAAACCAGUUGUAUAUUUACCUAAUCAAAGACGGUUUGUUACCUGUGAACGAAUUGUUCGGAAUUUAGAUGGCGACGAAUUCAAACAAUACUUGCUUCCUGCUCCAUUGCGGUUUGGCAAUUACUUUGAUGUAUUCGAAAAACUUGGCAUGAAACCCAAAAAAAGUUCUUACCAUUAUGUAAAAAUGUCAGAAUAUUUAUACAAUGAAGUGGGUACUAACGUAUUAAAUAAAAAUGACCUUCUGGUAGUUCAGACAGCACUUAUUGGACUUUUCAAAGAGGUAGUUAAAACAAAUGGCAAUAUCAGAGAUGAUCUUCAAAAUGUAGAUAAGUUUUACUUACCAAAAAGAAAUAACCAGCUGGUUAAUGCUAACAAUAUCGUAUUCUCAGAUAACAAAGAUCUUGAAGCGUAUAUAAAAAACGACAAUUUCUCAAAGAACCUGUUUAUUGGUUUAAAGGCACUAGAAGUAUAUGUGGAUGAUCCUGUUUGGUGUCUUAAUCAAUUGCCAGAAAAUAUAAGACCUAAGAUCCUGUCGCAGAUAAUUAAACAAAAAAUGAAUGAAAAUCUGGAUUACCAAGACAAUGAAAAGGGAAUGAAAUUAUCAAAACUGUUCAAGACGCAAGAAUUUAGUCAGGGAUGUGUACGAAUCAUCGUUCAUUCUCGAUCAAAGGACACUUUAGAUAAAAAAAUCACAGUUGCUGAUGUGAGCGAACUUCUAACGAAUAUAAAGAAGAUACGUGUAUGUCUUGUAAAAACAAUUAAUUUUGACUUGUAUUAUGAGCAAGAAAUAGUCGGAAGUUGUAAAAACUCUUGUUACUUUGAUCUACAAAAAUGUCUACUAUUUUGUGCAAUACCAGACGAGGAAACAUUAGAAUCAUGGCUAACAGACAACAGUCAUAUCAUUAAUAUAGCUCUUCAUGAGUGCACGAAUCAUAGAUAUUCUUGGAAUGAAGGACACCUUCUUAAAAUACUUUUAAAAUAUGAGAAUGUUGAUAAAAUAUCAAAAAUGUUGGAUAAUUUAAGCAUUUUAUCCUUUGAUAUGCCAUAUAAAGACUCAGUUUUCCCUGACCCAGGAAUAUGCGUUCCAAAUGAAAUGCAUUGUAACUUAGAUAACGGGUUUUACGAAUUUGAUGUCGGUGAUUAUGUUGCUGUUUUGGUUUGUGAUGCCUCUGCUGAUGGCGAUGAUUCAAUAUAUGUGUAUGCAAAAAUAGAUAAAAUUGUCCAAAAUAAAACUGAUGACUCAUUAUUUUCAAUCAGCCAGCUAACAUAUAGAGUGGAGGUUGAUGUCGGAAGAUAUGAAAUCCUUCCUGGUUACCGAUUAUACAAAUUUACGAGGAAGCCCAAAUCGUCCGAACUUGUUCCGGCUGAUACAGUGCCUAAGAGAAAAGUUCAGUCAAAAGACAAUGAACUUAUUUACAAAGAAACAAAGGACUUUAUUGAUCGAGCUUGGCUAAGGCCAGAGCAAGAAAGAAAAAAACUUGUCAAAAGAUUGUACAUGCAGUACCACCCAGAUAGAAACAGAGAAUGACCAGCAGGCUAAUGAUAUAUUCAUCUACAUAAAGUCAAUAGUAAAUGAAAGGGGGACACAUUCUGGUGCGUGUAAGGAGGAAUUCAUUUUCUGGGAUCAUCAGAUAAAAAGAGAAAACACCCAUCGAAUAUAUGUGACGCAACCUAGCUGUAGGCCAAGCUUCACUAGUUCUUCUAGUUCAGGAUCAUCUACUAUGUUUGCACAAAAUAGUGCAUCACGCUCAUAUAAUUCUGCGCAAAAACCAGUCCACCAUCACGUAGUACAGACGGUUCCGUCUCCACAAGAAGCAAGGAUUUGGUUUAAACAAGCUAAAGGUGACAUCAGUGUAGCCUCUAAGAUGAUGUUAGAUGAACAGCAGGAAUUUGCAUAUAACUGGGUCUGCUUCCUCUGUUACCAAGCUACCGAAAAAGCUCUAAAAGCACUUCAUUACAAUAGGGAUGCAAAUAAUACGGACAUCUUAAGAACAAGAAAUCUUCUUAAUCUCGUAAGGUACUUUGAUGGCGAGGUACAGACACAUGUAACACAGCUUACAACAUUAUUAGGCCAACAAGAAAGUAUGAUGUACCCAUCACGGUCAAACUAUCCAAUGACUCCACUUGAUUUGUAUACUAAACCCAUGGCUGAACAUGCACUGCAGCUAACCACAGAUAUAGUAGAGUUCGUACACAAAGCUUUAUAUAACUGAGAUACUGAUUCGGAACGGAAUAGCACGGAACUCUGAUAAAAUAGAUGAAAGCGGCCCCGGAAUAAUUGUUCAAAAUGAUCCAAAUACAGGAAAGUUCACGUUUGUUUUUGUUAUUUGGUCACUAUGUGAAACGGUAUUUAAUUAUACAAAAUGUAUAUAGGGCACAUAACUGUAUAUCUCUGUAUAGAAUAGAAUAGAAUAGAAUAGAAUAUUUUUAUUUCCCAAAUUACAGGGCCCAUAAAAGGCAGAAAAUCAGAUACAAUUGAUUUACAUAAUUGGUAACAACAACAAUAAUAGAGGCAUAUACAUAUAGAUUCUUACAUUGAUACCAGUGGAUUAUCGGAUUUAUCCAAUCGAGAUAGUUAAAUUAUCAAUUUUAAAGUUCGAGCCGCCUCGGCGAGUACUUUAAAAUUUAUAAUUUAACUAUCGAGAUUGGAUAAAUCCGAUAAUCCACGAGUAACUAUGUAAGAAUCUGUUUCUCUAAUGAUUAAAAAGACAUUUUCUUUUUUUGUUUACCGAAAAUCCCCUUCGAGUGCCUUUCACAUUGCACGAAGUUGUCAAUUUCAUUAACACCUGUUAUCAUAUUUUGGUUCAUCCAGUCAGCCAAAAAGGUCAUGACCCUUAAAAUCAUCCAAUGAUCUUCUGAGAUCACCAGCAACCACACGUUGAUUAAAUUUUUUUAUACAAUGGGUUCGAAAAGGGAUAAAUUUCCAUAGAAUUAGAGAAAUAUAUUUAUU